AUGUAUAAUAAAGAAAAUUACUUACGGGGUGUACAUAUACGUCAAGUGCAAUUUUCAAGUUAUAAACGACGGAAGACAACAACCAAGUCUCGCGGUAAAGGAAAAGGGAGGGCUUUUCCAGUGGGACCUGCUUCGACUCCAAUUAAUUCUCCGGAUCUUCCUAUUGCUAUGAGAAUGCCACAGGAAAUACUUAAUACAAUAUUCAAUAAUCUUGUGGAUCAUCCUGUACAUUUUACUCGAGUGGCUCAAGUUUGUAAAUCAUGGCAACUCGCUUCUGACACUCACCUUUAUUGGAUGUAUUUGGUAAAAAAACUUAAUUUGAAUCCUCCUAAACCAAGAGCUAAAAAAUUUAAGACUUUCAAACAGGUGGUUGAAAGGGAUUGGGGAACUUUUUGUAGUUUAUGUUUUCGGGGCUCUGGUAAUGGACAUGGUCGUUUAUAUGUUCGACCGGCCGUUAUAGAUUUGGUUACUAUUGCAGAAAUUUAUAAAGAGUUAAAGACUACUUGGUUUAAGAUCUUUGAAGAUAAUAAUGAAUUUCAAGUCUCUUUUGAUAGGGAAUUACGGGAAGUGGAAAUUAGUCAUAAUGAAGAAGCUUUUAAAUUGACAAACAAUCUUCGAGAAGAACAAAAUGACUCGGUAAUAGAAAUAGAUAAAGAUCAAUUCUAUCGAGAAGUUUCUGUCUCAAGGAGUACAGUUCCUACAUUAACAUCUCUUACUCAAUCGUCAUCCUCAACCUCAUCUUCUUCCGCGACCAUAACUCCACCUCAACAGUCUUCAUCUGUAAUCUCUCAAUCAUCGUCGUCGUCGUCAUCGUCUUCUUCGGCUCCAUCAUCAUCCCAACCUUUUUCAUCUGUAACUUCUCGACCAUGUCCUGAAAAUGCUUUUAUAACUCCAUCAUCUGAUCCAUUCAUGUUAUCAUCACCACAAUCUAUUUUAUUUGGACUUCCAACUGAUAACAAUUUCUUGUCCACGGAUUUAUAUCCACCAAUUAAUAAUGAUUUCCCAUUUUGA